AUGCGCUGCGCCAGACGCGCUCGCGACUGUGGACCGCUCCUCCUGGUGACCAGGGCUGGUGGUGGGAACUGCGCGCCGUGCACGAUCGCCGCUCGCGCUGUGCCGGCGCGGCGCCCGCGCGCGCUUAUAACCGCGGUGGGCGGCGCUCACCACGCCCCGCCCGCCACCUCCACGCUGCCCUCCGGCUUAUCGCCCGCCGAGGACCUGCAAGAACCUGCGGCGGGGACCUGCGAGAACCGCGCGGCGACGAUCCUCGACGACCGGAAGGCCUCGAAAGUGGUGGUACUUGUGGCAGGUCCGAGUAAGUUAGACAGUUCCCCGAGGCUUCUUUGGCUGUACUCUUUUGAACAGGUGGACCACCUGGUGUUAGGUGGCUCAGGAUCGUACUUCGUGGCAGUCUAUGGGGGAGGCCUAUGUUCAACAGUGGACUCAAACAGGCUGAAA